AUGAAAACUUCGAAAUCAUUAGCAUCUGGAGUUCAACUGAAAACAAUGGCAGGCAAGAAGAUACAAGAAGCACAUAUGAGUAUGCAUUCUAAAUCGCAUACGCUCAGAACUCAAGCAAAAAAGUUAGAAACUGAACAAAAGCAACUCACAGACGAGCGUCUUAAAAUUGAUAUCAAAUUAGAUAAAGUUAAGCAACAGCUCAAACAAAUCAACGAUCAGGAUAAGCAAACAUCAAUUCAAGUUCAAUCUACAGCUUCUUUGUCCACACAACAGCAAAUCAUUGAAAAAGAAAAAUAUUUCAACGAAUUUCUUAAAUCUAUACUUAAUGAUUUGUCUAAUCCUCCUUCUACUUCAGAGCCCUCAGAGUUUGAUGAUCUUGAUGAAGAAGAACUUAAUGCGCAGCUGGCUGUUCUCGAUCUAGAAAGCACGCGCAUUGUCCGUAGUGAGAGUACUCUUCAAAAGAACGAACAUAAUGAUAGAAUGUCUAGUUUAGUAAAAGAUAUGGAAACAGAAACUAUCAAACACGAGACAGAAGCAUUAGAACUUGAGAGUAAAGCCUCAUCUCACAUAUGUCAACAAUACGAAAGCGAAGCUACAGAGAAAAUUUUAGAUGAACGUUUAGUUGAGUCCCACAACCGGGCCAAACGUGCUAUCGAUGCACUUUCAGACAUAGACAUGCGUAAGAAGUCAGCCAUUUUCAGACUAGAGCAAGCGAAAGCCCGUCGCGAGCAAGCCGAAAAUACUUCCGUAAAUAUUACCGAACGAGAGGAUGCAUUAGCAGCGAGAGAAGCCGACGCAGACCGUACAAUACGAGAAAUGAAGAUUCCUACCCAAGAAGAGGUUGAAACCGCGAAAUUCCUUGCACAAAGCAAAACCAUGAAAUUUAAGCAACUUCCUAUCUCUCCAGACCCCGUCGACCUUGUUAUCAAGCAGUACGAGAUUGUUCUCAACGGCGGUGAGCAUGAAUCCAUCAGUUCAAAGUUGUCAAACCAACAUUGGAGACUUUUCAAAUUUGAAGAACACGAAAAGUGGAACAAACACUGGGAAGUUGAGAACAAGUUCAUGAACGAGAAGAUGAAAGAGUUCGAGAACCUCCCUAAGAAGGAAACACUCCAAAGAAGACUUGAUGAUUUGAAGAAAUCGAUCGAUGAAACUAAAAUCAACAUUUCGAAGGCAAUCAAUGAAUACGAAAUCCUUGAAAAACCUGAUUUCACAUUCGACCAAAACAUGUUGAAGACAAAGACACAUUACGAAUUGGUUGAUUACCAAAAAGAAAUAAAUAACAUUAAUUCUGAAUUACAACAAUUAUCACAGCGAAAGGCAGUUGCUGAGUAUGAAGUAGAGAGACUGCGAUCACUGCAACAAGCUCUACAACUCAAUAAUGAAUACCAGGAAUCAAAACAGGAUUAA